UUCGACAGGCCUGGUCUCAUGUUUACAAUCCUCUAAUAUCCAAACUGUCAUUUUAAUGGAAAACAAUGACAACAAUGAAAGUGAUUGAUUGACGCAGUCUCCUCCCACGGGGCGUGGCCUCUCCACUGUCAGUCAGACUAUCCAGUGUUCAUCCUCUGUCCUCAAAUCAACAACAGAAGUAGUGCUGAACUGCAGUUUUACUGCUGCUGCCGCUGGAUGUGUGUGAGCUGUGCUGAGUAAAAAUGAAGCGCACCCUUGGAAUCUGUCUGGUGAUCUGCUCCGCUCUGAUCGGACUUGGAUCAGCCAUCCGCUGUUACAGCUGUAAGGACUACACUGCCAGCUGCUCCAAACAACGAGACUGUAGCUAUGACGACGCCUGUCUCACACUCACCGAGAGAGGUGGGAUGACGUACCGUCAGUGUCUGAAGUAUUCAGACUGUGAGUACAGCCGACUUGCCCAGAUGUUUCCCCAGGUUUCCAGCUUUACCUUCAAGUGCUGCAACUCUGACCUGUGUAACUCCGCCCCCUCUUCUGCAGCAAGCUCUGUGAUUGGUCUGCUGGCCUCGGUGGCCAUCAUGUGGUGGUGUAUUCACUGAACAGCGCCCCCGUGGCUGCUAGAAGCUUCUCUAACUUGUUCAUUAUAAUUAUUUCUAUGAUGUGAAGAAACAGUUUCAGCAGCUGAACAUGUUCUAAGCUUUCUCGCUCAGUCAUUUUAUCAAUAUCUAUAUUGAUCACAACUGAAUUAUUUGAUUGAUCUCACAUUAGGAGUUCACAGCUUUCUCACUUUGUUUGUAUUUAAGAAUAAACAAUGAAAUCUUAGCAACACAUUAUUAUACAGGUCAGCUACUUUGACAUUAAUAAUAAUUAAUAAAGUUUCCUGAAGAGAACGAAGUGAGUUCAUCAUGAAGACUUCACACACAUGAAUCUGAAUUCUCUUAAGCCUUACAUUGUCAUUGUCACAGUAAGUUGAUCUCUUCAGAAAUGUUUGCAUGUGAACAUGUUAUUGUAGUUUAUAAUCACAAAACCAAAUGGUAUAAUACUGUAUAUUGUGUAUAUUUGCACUGAGACAAAUGCUCUUCAUUCAUGAGGUGCUGCAGUGUACUCAUGGAUGUAAUAGAUUACUUUGAUCAUGAAGACCUUGACCCUUCAGACAGUUCUGAACCGUCUGUGUUCACCUGAGUGAAUCCAUGGAUGUUGAUUGUGGUCUGACAUCAGACAUGAGUUCCAAGAUUUAAAGAAAAAUUUCCUUAAACAUCAAACUUUUUAAAUCAAAAUAUUACAUUCUUUUAAAGCCACAUCACUAUCCAUUCAUUUAUAGAGACAUUAUGUUUAAAGUAAUUUAAACUACACAGAAACAGGAAACUGCACCUUUAACUCCAGACCUGUCAAAAUAAAGUGUUAAACUUUGAAAAUAAUGUGCGGCUGCUUCGCUCUUUAACUCUGUGUGAAAUGAAAACAGCUUCACAACAAUACGUGUACAUGAACAUUAAAUCAAUAAAUGGUGACGAACAUACAGAGUGUCUGACUGAUUGAUUAGAUAUUGAUGACUGGAAACAGCUGAAGUCAGAUUUUUGCUCUCAGGUCUAAUCAUCUGUUAUUGAUAAUGAAAGGUUUUUUUUCUUUAUUCUCCUGCUGGCGGAAGAGAGACAAAUUUAAAACAUAUUUAUUUAUGAAGGAACAGGUACAUAUUCAGUUAAAGUUAUCAUUUUAACUAUUAGUUGAAUGCAUUUGUGUUUAACAGAUUAAUUCUGUGGUAUUCAUCGAUUUCAAAACACCUGACAGGACGGAGCUGUUGAUCAGACAAUGUGACCAACACCUGAGUGAAGUAAAACUAUGACAGAUUUGUCUGAUUUUUGCUGAUGGGACCUAAAGGCACCAGCAGGUGUGCUGGAGAAAAAAGUUAACCCCCCCUGAAAGCAGAGGGCAGGUGACAGAAAUGAAAUAAUCCAUGAGUCAUUAAGAAGUCUUUAUAAAAUAAAAUAAGUGAAUAAUUUGUGUUAAUUUUUUUAGUUUUAAUCAUUAAACAUUUUUUAAAUAAAGUAAUUUAAAUCUGUUGGCACAUUUAAAUUAUGAUUAAAGAAUAAAUAACUGCAUGCAUCUUUCACAGAGGAAGAUAUUUAUUUAAACAUAAUGUUGAUUUAAAUUUAGAAUCGACAGAUUUGGAUGUUUCAUCAUGUUUUACAGUGAAAUGUAUUAUUUUCACAGUGUGCUGGAUAUGUGUUCUACGUGACAGAUUGUAUUUUUAUUUUUACAGUGUAGGCGUAUUCUCAUUGUUUGUGUUUUUACAGCGUAUUGUAACUGGAGAGUUCAGGAAAUGACGUCAGCCCGUGUGGAGACACUGCCCAGCUGUUCCGGGUGUCUGACGUCACUCUGGCAAGUUUACUAUUCAAAACUUUGAUAUGGCGGAAACCGGCCGGGAUACUACCAAAAUAAGAGCACCGUAACUGCGUUGAUGGGCAUGUUUAUAGUUUUUUGUUUUGUUUUUUCUUCAACUGUGAUCAAAUAAUUAUCACAGCACAUGUGCCAAGUCAGUGCUAGUUCAUUAAUAACUGCACAGUAUUAUUUUUACUUCCUGAACUGUGACCUGAAGUUUACUGUCGUUUUAUAAAUGUUGUCCUGAUAUUAUUGUUUUUUAUUGAUAUUUAUCUUGUGUUGUCCUCUGUGGUAC